GUCGCCGGCUCGCCAGCCCUCCAUCCUUUCUGUGCACCUUGCGGUAGGCAGGGAGCGGCAGCCGCGGCGGCAGCUAGGGGCUAGUGCACACCCAGCCAGGGAGACUUAGGGAACCACAGAAAGACGGACGGACGGAGAAAAUCCUCCCCAGCGUCCCCCGAGCCAUGGCCGAGAGAAAGCAAUCUGGGAAGGCGGCAGAGGACGAAGAGGUCCCUGCCUUUUUUAAAAACCUGGGCUCGGGCAGUCCCAAGCCCCGGCAGAAAUUCUGCGGCAUGUUCUGCCCGGUGGAAGGGUCCUCGGAGAACAAGACCAUCGAUUUCGAUUCGCUUUCGGUGGGCCGGGGCUCAGGGCAGGUGGUGGCUCAGCAGCGAGAUGUCGCCCACUUGGGCCCGGACCCGCACCGGCAGAGCCGGCGUGCCAGCGGGGAGCCAUCUGUUGAAUCGGGCCGGAAGGUGGAGAUCCGGCGGGCCUCGGGCAAGGAAGCCCUGCAGAACAUCUACGAUCAGAGUGAUCGCCUUCUGAUCAAAGGUGGCAAGAUUGUGAAUGAUGACCAGUCCUUUUAUGCGGACAUAUAUAUGGAAGAUGGAUUGAUCAAGCAAAUAGGAGAAAACCUGAUUGUGCCAGGAGGAGUGAAGACCAUUGAAGCCCAUUCCAGAAUGGUGAUCCCAGGAGGCAUUGACGUGCACACCCGCUUCCAGAUGCCUGACCAGGGAAUGACGUCAGCUGAUGACUUCUUCCAGGGAACCAAGGCAGCCCUGGCUGGGGGAACCACCAUGAUCAUUGACCAUGUUGUUCCUGAGCCCGGGACAAGCCUCCUGGCUGCUUUUGAUCAAUGGAGGGAGUGGGCUGACAGCAAGUCCUGCUGUGACUAUUCUCUGCACGUGGACAUCACAGAGUGGCACAAGGGCAUCCAGGAGGAGAUGGAAGCUCUGGUGAAGGACCACGGUGUAAACUCCUUCCUCGUGUACAUGGCUUUCAAAGAUCGAUUCCAGCUGACGGACUCCCAGAUCUAUGAAGUGCUGAGCGUCAUCCGGGAUAUUGGUGCCAUAGCUCAAGUCCAUGCAGAGAAUGGUGACAUCAUUGCAGAGGAACAGCAGAGAAUCCUGGAUCUGGGCAUCACGGGCCCUGAGGGACACGUGCUGAGCCGACCAGAGGAGGUCGAGGCUGAAGCUGUUAACCGCUCCGUCACCAUUGCCAAUCAGACCAACUGCCCCCUGUAUGUCACUAAAGUGAUGAGCAAGAGCGCGGCUGACGUCAUCGCCCAGGCACGGAAGAAGGGAACCGUGGUGUAUGGCGAGCCCAUCACGGCCAGCUUGGGGACAGAUGGCUCUCAUUACUGGAGUAAGAACUGGGCCAAGGCGGCUGCAUUUGUCACCUCCCCCCCUUUGAGCCCCGACCCAACCACUCCAGACUUUCUCAACUCCUUGCUGUCCUGUGGAGAUCUCCAGGUCACGGGCAGCGCCCACUGUACCUUCAACACCGCUCAGAAGGCUGUGGGCAAGGACAACUUCACCCUGAUUCCUGAGGGCACCAAUGGCACAGAGGAGCGGAUGUCUGUUAUCUGGGAUAAAGCUGUGGUCACUGGGAAGAUGGAUGAGAACCAGUUUGUGGCUGUGACCAGCACCAACGCAGCCAAAGUCUUCAACCUUUACCCUCGGAAAGGUCGCAUCGCAGUGGGAUCUGACGCAGACUUGGUCAUCUGGGACCCUGACAGUGUGAAGACCAUCUCUGCCAAGACACACAACAGUGCUCUUGAGUACAACAUCUUUGAAGGCAUGGAGUGUCGUGGCUCCCCACUGGUUGUCAUCAGCCAGGGCAAGAUUGUCUUGGAGGAUGGCACGCUUCAUGUCACUGAAGGCUCAGGACGCUACAUCCCCCGGAAGCCUUUCCCUGACUUUGUGUACAAGCGCAUCAAGGCAAGGAGCAGGCUGGCCGAGCUGAGAGGGGUCCCCCGUGGCCUGUAUGAUGGACCCGUGUGCGAGGUGUCUGUGACACCCAAGACAGUCACUCCAGCCUCAUCAGCUAAGACAUCCCCUGCCAAGCAGCAGGCGCCACCGGUUCGGAACCUGCACCAGUCUGGAUUCAGCUUGUCUGGAGCUCAGAUCGACGACAACAUUCCCCGCCGCACCACCCAGCGCAUUGUGGCGCCCCCUGGUGGCCGUGCCAACAUCACCAGCCUGGGCUAAAGCCCCUAGGCCUGUAGGCCACAUGGGGAUGGGGGAUGGGACACCUGAGGACAUUCUGAGACUUCCUUCCAUUUUUUUUUUUUUUUUUUUUUUUUUUUUAAAGAGCCUGUGAUAGUUGCUGUGGGCAGCCAGUUCCUGGGGCUUCCUCUUGGGCUCCCCCCCACACUUGGUUUCCCCUUGGAGUUUCUGAAUUUGCUCACCCAAGUCCCUACACAGUUUGAAAACCACACCCAAGCCUAGCCACCCACCACCCCACACGGAGCUGCAUCUAACACGCAGACAUACGCCACCAAGCAGAUCCCAGCGAGGGUGCCCCAUCACACCCUCGGCUGCGCAGUCAGCGCCUUCCUGUCCCAGGGAAGAUAUAGUGAAUUGCCCUGAGCUGCCUUCUUUGCUUUUUAAAAAUUUUUAAAAAGGGGUUUUCUUUGUGGGGCUGGG